AGGAAUCUAGUAGCAAGGCUUGUUAUCCACGUCGCCCGGGGUGGUCCGCGGAGCUUGCCUUGAGGUCGUGUUCGUAUCCUUUUGCCGUCCUUAGUUUAGCAUUUCUCCCGAGAUUCGGUUCCGGUCUGCUUUCCGUGACCGCUUUAGGGAGGAUGGAGCAGCUUAGCGAGGGUCGGUAAUGGCAGGCAGGCAGGCAGCUGCUGUGCUGAAGGAAAGGUAAAGUUUAAGCGGGCAGGGAAUAACCCAGUAACUUGCAGGCCACUUCUCGGCGGUGUGCAUUGGAUUGGAGGAGCCGUGGAGAUUUUUUAUCAGGCAAGCGAAGCGAUGGACAUGAACGAGAGCGGCGAGAAAGGGAUGGAGGGCAACGCGUCCUCCGGCAUCCCGGUGGACUGGCAGACCCAAUUCAGCGCCGCCGCCUUCUCGUGCGCGCCGCCGCAGCAGCAGCAGGUUCCCAUGAUGGACUCCGCCUUCGCGUCCGCCGGCCUGUGGGCGUCCACCUCCCAGGCCAUGGCGCUCUCCGACGCGGGCGGCAGGUCGGCCGCGCGGGCCGGCUUCUUGGCGCCGGUCCCCGGUUUCCUCCCGCAGGGCCUCGCCCAUUUCCCCGUGGACUCCGGCUUCAUCGAGCGCGCCGCGCGGGCUUCCUGCUUCGGCGGCGGCGGCGGCGGCGGGGUGAUGGCUGCCUUCGGCGCAGCAGCUGAUCAUCAACCCAUGAACAGCGCGUUCAGUGGAUCCUCGGAGGCGCUGCUGGACCACCAGAGGACGAAGGACGGCAGCGACAAGGGCGAGCCGGAGCUCGGCCGGAACGGCCACGACGGGGUUCUGAGCUCGGAGGCGGCUGCUGCGGGGGACUGCUCGUCCAAGGGGACGUCCGACUCCAAGAAGAGGAGAAGGCCUAACGAGGUGAUGGGAGGCGAUCAGGUCCAGUCGUCGAACCUGCCCGCCGACUCAGCGAACGAGAGCGUGCACAGCAAGGACAAAGGCGAGGAGAGCAGCCUGGCAACAACCACCACCGGACCCGGCAAGUCGAAAGGAAAGGGGGCGAGAGAGACCUCCGAGUCCCAGAAGGAAGACUACAUUCAUGUCCGAGCUCGGCGCGGACAGGCAACCAACAGCCACAGCCUAGCAGAAAGGUUGAGGAGGGAGAAGAUUAGCGAGAGGAUGAAGCUGCUGCAGGACCUCGUUCCUGGCUGCAGCAAAGUCACUGGGAAGGCGGUGAUGCUUGACGAGAUCAUCAACUAUGUCCAGUCCCUGCAAAGACAAGUCGAGUUCUUAUCAAUGAAGCUCGCAACGGUAAACCCAAGGCUCGACCUCAACAUAGAAGGGCUUCUAUCGAAAGAUCUUCUCCGCUUCCCUGGCGUUCCUUCGUCUUCCCUUGGAUUCUCCCCGGAAAUGAUGCACCCACAGCUGCAGCUCUCGCAGCCAGGCCUGAUCCAGGGCGGCGCUGCCGGCAUGGCCAAUCCGGACGUGUUCAGGAGAAUCAUGCAGGCACAGUUAAGCGCAAAGGACGGGUCUCAGAUGCCGCCCCACGCAUUGAAUGGGGCAUUCAGUGACGUCGCGCAGCAGCAGAUGGCGUACCCGUCGUCCCAGGACCUGAGCAUCGGGCCGUCGCAGGACGGGUUUCAAAUGUGACUGAACAUGCCCAGCUGCACAUACUAGUAAAAGAUGCAAAAAAAGGGCUUCUUCCAUCUGAGGAGUAUCUGAUCGGCGAACGUGCGGGCGCGCAGGGGGCCGCGUAUAGCUGCCUGCUGGUGCCGGGAGCAGCAGCGCCUGCUCAGCGCGACGCCUUGAACCGCGUCGACCCACGGCUGUGCCUGUGCUGCUGCAUCGGUCAGGUUUUUUUAUCGUGUUCAGAAGGAACUGAGGAAAAGCUCGUGGCGCUGGCCUGUGGCGUUGCCUGGAUAGAUGGCUGGAAAUUCUGUCUGUUUCGGCGGUCGCGUGCAUUCAUGGCAUGGCGCGCAGUGCAGUAACAGUGGGCUGCGUGUUGGCACUUGGCACAGCGACCAAAUGAGCUGCUGCAGGAUGUGAUGCAACGCGAGGAGCCUUGUUUUGUUAGUAGUUUCCAAUGCUUUUUUUUUGUUUUUGUUUGCAUAAUAGCUAAGGGUGCAAGAAAACACUCAUAAAUUUGGGGGUGGGGGGCGGCGGUCCGGCGAUGUCUAUGUUGAAACAUCAUACAUUUGGCAAAUUUCUCCUUGCGCCACAAAUCGAAAGGAGGAUAGAUG